AUGCCUUGCGACACACAUGGCGGGCCCUGUGACAAUCAUUAUGUGAUGAAAACCCACGAUUUCAGCUUCCUUUGUACCCCGCCGACGAAACACUGCCCAGGACGGGCGUACGGUCAGAUUCUCCACUACUCCCCGGACCAAGACUGCAUCGCACAUCACGUUCACGCCAAGCCCGGGAGCGGACCAUGGUCGUCUAACCGCAUGCACAUCAUUCCCACCACCAUCUACACCUACGUAGCCACGUCGGGCAUGGAGACUGAUCACGUCUCUGCGGCGCGGGACGGAGACUACAACCAAUUGCGUGGUGGUGUCGAGCCCCGAGACCCUAAGUAA